AUGACAUUAUGCUUCUUGGGGAUCUGUGGCUUGUCUUGCUUCCUCGUGUGUUUCACUGACAGUUUCAAGGAUGAAAGAGGGAAAGUCCGGUAUGGACUUCUUGCCACGCGGCGGGGCUUAUGGGUUAUUGAUGGGUCUGUAACCAUUCCAGCUGAGAAAGCAGCCAAGUACAGUCUCAAAAUGGUUGAUUUUUUUUAUGCUUUCAUAUCCAUAGUUGUUUUUUCUGCGGUUGCACUGUUUGAUCAGAAUGUUGUCAAAUGUUUUUAUUCGAACCCGUCUGAUGAAGCCAAGGAGCUGCUUGAAACAUUGCCAAUUGGGGUUGGUGUGAUCUGCAGCCGGUUGUUCGUCGCCUUCCCUACCAACCGGCAGGGCAUUGGCUUCCCUCACUCUCACCGUUAG